UUACAGAGUGUAAACUCUGCUAUAUUCCUGUCUGGACAUGGCAGCAAGUGACAGAAUUAGUCUAUGUCGCAACCAGGGGUGGACUGACAACUCAUGGGGCCCCCGGGCAAUAGGGGAUCAUUGGGCCCCUGUGUCCUUGCCCAAACUCAAAAAAGCCUAUGAAAAAGGUACCAGGGGCAUCUCAUGGGGCCCCCUACUGACCCCAGGCCCUUGAGCAGUGCCGAGUUUCCAAAUGGUCAGUCCGCCCCUGGUCGCAACU